CUUUGUCAGACAUAUUUCAGAUCUAUCCCCUUCUAAGAUUUCUUUUGUAACGUUUGAGUCAUGGCAUCAUUGUGCAGUGCAAUCUCUCAGUUCUCUCUGGACCUCUUUAAGAAUCUAAGCGAGAAGCAGGCCAGUAAUAUCUUCUACUCACCCCUGAGCAUCUCAUCUGCUCUGGCUAUGGUCUGUAUGGGGGCCCGGGGAAACACUGCUGCAGAGAUCAUGAAGUCACUUCAUGUUCAGAAGGCUGGGGAUGAUGUACAUUCCUAUUUUAGCUCAUUGAUAACUGACAUCAACAAACCAGGAGCUUCCUAUCAACUGAGCUUGGCUAAUCGGUUAUAUGGAGAAAAAUCAUUUGAAUUUCUUAAGGAAUUCAUUGGUAAAACCACCACAUUUUACCAUGCUAGCCUUGAGGCUGUUGACUUUAUUCAAGCCCCAGAAGCGUCAAGAAAAAACAUAAAUGCUUGGGUUGAAAAGCAGACAAAUGAAAAAAUUAAGAAUUUGCUUGAAAGUGGAAACGUAGAUGCCCUCACAAGACUUGUGCUGGUAAAUGCUAUCUAUUUUAAAGGAAACUGGGAGAAAAAAUUCCAAGAAUCUGAAACAAUAAAUGGGCAGUUCAGAAUAAAUAAGGUAUGUGAUGAUGAUAUAUUUGUGUAUCCUCCUGCUAUUGUAAAUUAUCUGAAGAGAACUCCAGAUGUCACCAGUUACAUCCAUGGAAAUAUCCGUGUCCAUACUGAUGUCUUGAGGGGCGGGAAAUAUAAAAUAAGCUAUCACUUGUACUCUAUGAAUGUCCUGCCGACAUUUGUAUCAGGUGCUGGGUUCAUCAUUCCAGGCAUAUUAAUUCCACCUCUCUAUCACGCUGCUACAGUUCUGCCCAUCUUUCCUCUAGAUGAUGUCUAUUUUGGAUUUCUGGCCAUUAAAGCCAAUGUUACCUUGAAGCAUGGACAUGGGUUCUAUUGUUGGGGUGUAAGGUUUGAUGCAUAUACUGAUGGAGGGAUUGUAUUAUUGGACCCUACAGAAAGGACACAGUCUGUCACAGCUGUUGAAGAUGACGAUGAAGAGACCACAUCUGCUGUGACAGAAGUGGACAAUGCUGGUGGAUCCACUGAGUACAUACCUGGGGAUUUGCCCACAGAUGACGGUCCUUCAACCUCAAUGCACGAUCUAAGCAGUACAAGCAACCAGGAAAUCCCAGGACCAAGCACAAUACAUGUGCCUCCACCAACAGUUGAGCAACAUUCUCCAUGCCCUUCCAAGUCCAGUCAGUCGUCAGCAGCAGCUUCGGAACAAUCUGGGAAGAGAAAGCGAGACAAAAUGGAUCCUGUUGAUGUUGCUAUUCUGCAGACUUUGUCUCGCCUGCAAAACAAAAGUGAGAAAGCACCAAACGUGUAUAGUGCGUUUUGUGGGUAA